UUCUGCCCAACACGCGCCCGCGAUCAGCAUCGUAGGUAGAACGUAAGAAAACUGCUCUUUCAUAAUAAAUCUUUGGGAAGAAAAGAAAGGACAAUAUUUAGACCGUUGUAUAAUACAAUACAAGAAAAGUGACUUAAAACAGCGAAAGUAUGAGUGGACAGCCAGGGUUCGAAGACUCCGAGCGUAAAAAUGAACUCGAAGAGGAAAUGUCGCGAUUUGAGCAAGAGAUUGCUGGUCACCCAGUCCCACGACCCAUCAUCUCGGCCAACACCUUUAAGAUGGCAUCACAAGCUAUACAAGAGGCUGUUGUGCAUAAUGUUCCACCCCCUCAAAUUACUGCGAGACCAGUAGCCCCUCCACCCAACCAACAACAGAUGCCUUUUUUCCCUCGUAAUGUGCGACCACAUACUGGACCUUUACCACCCCCACCCAUGAUGCCUAGAGUGUCCAUGCCUGGACCCACCAGCCAUCUGCCUGGGAUGGGCCAUAACCCAGCACUUCAAGGUAUGGCACACCCUACUAUGCAAAGAAUGGGACACAUGCCCCUCCCAGCACCCCCUGCCCCUCCCAUCAUCCCACAAGCCAUCAACUCGAUGCCGAUGCCAAUGGCUGGCCCAUCAGUGCCCACUGUCCAGGUACCAACCAUUACUCCUGCAGAACAGAAGGAGUGGGAGUCCGCUUACAGCCAUGUUGAGGGCGAUGAAAAAGAGAAAAAGAAAAAGGAGAAAAAGAUUGUAAGAGUUGCAGGUGGUCAGGUCUGGGAGGACGCAUCUCUUGCCCAAUGGGAUCCAAAUGACUUUCGGAUAUUCUGUGGUGAUCUUGGGAGUGAAGUAACUGAUGAAAGUCUUACCAGAGCAUUCGCAAAGUACACAUCAUUUCUCAAGGCUAAAAUUGUUAGGGAUAAAAAAAGCAACAAAAGCAAGGGUUAUGGCUUUGUUAGCUUCAAGGAUCCAAAUGACUUCAUCAAAGCAAUGAGGGAAAUGAAUGGUAAAUACAUAGGAAGUCGACCUGUGAAACUAAGAAAGAGUACUUGGAAAGACAGGAACAUUGACGUUGUAAAAAAGAAAUCAAGAGAGAAGAAGAAGCUUGGUUUGAGAUAGCCAUUCAGUGUCUCAGUUUUUAGAUCUUUAACUUGAAGUAUUGAGACUUUACUGACGGCUUAAGCCUCUGGUGCACCCAGUUGUAGGUGCGUGCCUUCAAGGUUGUACUGUAUUAGAGGGAGAGGCCAAUAUUAAAAAAAGAGAUAUAAGGAAAUGAAAAGAUGGGGCAUGGCUGUACCCUUCCCCCUGUUUUCGUAAUGCCACUGUAUUGUCCCCCCCCCACCCCCCUAAUAUUUCAAGGUCCACUACUUAACAGUCCUGCCUUUAUGACAGCUUAUACCCUGUGUCUUUGCUUUUUAUAAACUCAUCAUCAUCAUUCUUAUUAGUUAUUUCAAGAUCCAGCUCUUCCAUUUCUCUUUUCUUAUUACCAUUAGAACACAGUCUUGUUUAUGUGUUGUCUAUUUCCUGCUAAUGUAUGUCUGGAGCAAAGGGUGUGCCAUACUGUUCAACUUUGUAAAUAAAAAAGUUAUUACAACUA